GGGAGGAAGCAGAAAGGCAGAGUGGAGUGACCGAGGGCAGGGUUGGGAACCGAGAAGAGAACACGAUACGUGUAUGCGUCAGCUUGCAGCGCUUGCAGCCUAUCAAUAGCUGCGUUUGAAGCUAUCUGACUCGAUAAGCCGGUGCCAAUGGCUCCAUCAACUAAGGACAGCCGCAGAGAGGCUGCAGUACACUUUACACAGUACCUUUGUGCUACCAAUAAGGUGUCUUCGGGAAGUCCAUCGAUAAGUCGUGAAGAUUUGAAAAAGAUUUUUACUGAAGAGUAUCAACCCUAUUAUAAUGUGCAGUGCCUCGAAUUGAAAACUUUAAUUCACACAUUAACAAUGGCUGGAUUUCUGGUGAAGCACACUUCUAAUGGAAAUCCAUGUGUGACUUUCAAAUGGAAUCGUGUUGAACAAGCAGCUCUUACAAAUGGACAUCUACCGGAGAAACCUCCGUCACGCCUUACAAAACCAAAGCCACGAUUGAUUGUUAGUCAAAGAUACACCCAAAUCCGGGAAAAUCAGGACAGACCUGAUGGUAUAACAGAUGAAAAGUGUGACUUGUGUAAAGUGAUUUUAUCUCCUCACACUGCUCAGGAGCACAAAGAGACGGAAAUUCACACAUUACGUGUGGCAUACCGAACCAAAAAGAAGAGUUUUGAUGAUACAAAGCACUUCCUGAGUGUGCAAAUGUGUGACAAGGACUCUGCAGAAGAACCUCUGAUAGGCGAUCUUAAGAAGUCCUGCAGAGUAGGCAGUAAAUAUGAUCUGAAUCUCCUUGUAACUAAUCUGUUUGAUGAUAAAGAAAUUUUUAUUGAGAAAAUUUUGCAGUUGAUGCCUAAUAAAGACAUCAAACUAGAAAACAUAGAGGCUGAGACACUUUUGCCUGGUAAACCAAAAACAGUAGGAAUACAAGCUCAAUUUUCAGCUAGGGGUGCUAUAAUAUUCCCCUUGAUAUUUAAGAUGCUGCCCUCAGGUUCUGCUUUGCCCAAAUACUAUUUGAAGGAAAUUUACUUUCUCACCCAAUCAGAGCUUAUGGAUCAACUCGCACCAUCAGAACCUUUCCGUCCUUCCAUGGGACCAGUUGUAAAAGUACAGGACGCUCCAAUUAUUCCUGGGAAACCUGCGGAGUUCACUCAGGCUUCAGAACUCAAGGAAACUUUGGCUAUUUUCAAACGUCCAUUUGAAAUACCACCUGUUUUACUAAGAUUUCUUAAUAACGGAUUUAAGGAGCAUGCCAACAUGUCCCCAGCUGAAAAGAAAAACCUUCAAACAAUCAGGGCCAUGCUUCCUCAAGGCAAUUCUGCAGAUGCACUUACACCUGACAACUACGCUCAACUACUAGAGCUGCUGCUCUUCAUUGAGGAGCAUCAAAUGAGCAGAGAUAUUCAUUAUUACGAUAUGCAUGAUGCUGUUCUGUUCAAAGACCCUAUGGGACUGUGGCUUGAGGUGCCUGGCCUCGUUGAUAAACGACCAUCUCUCCUUAUCAAUGAUGUGUUACAUGUUAGUUUUUGUGAAGACCAAGGAAAGCGUAAAUAUGAGGGACAUGUUCACCAAAUACAGGGCAGUCAAGUUCUGCUUGGAUUAAAUGAUGCAUUUUUUAAUAAAUAUUCCAACCAAAAACUGGAAAUUCAGUUCAAUAUCAACAGGAGGGCUCUGAAGAAUAUGCACAUAGCUUUGUACCUCAUUAGUUGCAACAAGGCACAACAUCUACUUUUCCCCUCCCUGAAGACAAAACCUCUAUGUCAACCUCCUCUGAGGCCGUGGUUUAACAGAGCUAUUGAAAAGAACCCGGAGCAACAGGCGGCUGUUCGUAAUGUUGUUCACAAUUCAUCACAGAACUCGCCCUACCUGAUUUUUGGUCCACCCGGAACUGGCAAAACUGUCACAUUGGUUGAAACAAUCUUGCAGCUGUGGAAACCUCCAUCCAAUCAAACUCGCAUAUUAGUGUGCACACCAUCAAACUCGGCUGCUGAUGAAAUUACCUCUCGCAUUCUGAGGGUUAUUUAUGAUCAUAAUCUUGUGCCAGCCACUCGGGUGAAAGACCACAUUUUCCGAAUGUGUGCUUAUUCACGUCCCUGGAACCUUAUGCCUAAGAUUAUUCAGGAUGCUGAGAUAACCAAUCAUGACCUUCGCGGUGGUGUAGUUACUUUUCCGAGGAAAGAAGUAAUUAUGACAUAUGACAUUGUAAUUGUACAUUCUCAUGUGCAUCCAGAUUGGUUUCUUCACAGUUUCCUGCUGAUCACUUUACCCACAUCAUCAUGGAUGAGGUUGGGCAGGCUCUGGAGACAGAGGCCUUGAUUCCUCUAGCUGGUUUAGCGACCUAUCCCAAAUGCCCCACUUUCACGUGCCAGGUUGUCAUGGCAGGUGAUCCCAAGCAGUUGGGACCUAUACUGCAGUCGCCCAUUGCUUCUAAAUUUGGCCUAGAUAAAUCUAUGUUGGAGCGGCUAAUGUCCUUGCCAUUGUACUCCAAGAGACCAGGCACAAAUCGAUAUGAUCCUAAUGUCUUGACAAAGCUUGUUCUUAACUAUCGGUCCCACCCAGCCAUACUUGAAGUAUCUAACAAUCU